GUACAGACAGCGAGGUGUGCAGAUCGCGCCUGUAUUUCCCGCUUGGCACAAUCACUUUUUAACGCGGCGCCCCCCGUCUGGGGAUUGGAGCUCUGUCUUGUCAGUAAAUUAGCCCACCCUCUGAAUAUUAAAGUGCACUACUGGGGGGGAAACUGAGCCAGACAGCGAGACGGUGACGAAAAAAAUAACCAGUCACCAGACAAGGACGCGACAAGAGCGAGCUCGAGUCACCACUGCGUGUUGAAACUUGCAGUGAUGGAGGGGGAAAUGCAACCAGCCGACGAGGGUCUCUGCGCCCCAAAGAUGUGCAGUCAGCAGCGGGGUCCAUACAGCAGCCUCAAGACCUUCCCAAACAAGCGGUUGGUGGGGAAGGCGCGGUUCGACAGACCCACAAUGGUCGAUAUCCCACUGCUGGGAGACGGAGGCGGUCAUCACUACAAUCAUAAUCUCAAUCACCAUCAUCCGUAUCAACAACAGUAUCAGCAACAGCGGCAGCAGCUCCACCAAACCUCCCUCACCAUCAGCAGCAGCAGCCAGUAUCUCGCGACACCGCAGCUGCAGCAGCAACAGCGUUUCCCAUGCGAUAACAGGCCCAGCAGUAGAGCCGCGACAUCUACCUCAGCAACAGUGGGGAGUGUGGCGGCAGCAUCACUUGGCUUCCAGGAGAGGGUCGGCAGCGGCACCGCGGUGCGCCAGGACCCCACGUAUUCGCCUGGAAAAGCCGCGCUCAACCACGAAUCUCCCGACUGCACUUACGGGAUAAGCUCAGAAAAUCGCCUCAUCUUGGAUGCCUUCGCACAGCAGUGUAGCCGGGUCCUCACUCUUCUCAACAACAACGGCCGGUUUGUGGAGCCUCAAGCUCCUCUGCCCUCCUCCCACAUCAAGCAGGAGGACAGCUGCCUCUCUGGACCUGGGGCGGAGUCAAGGCCAGUCGCGGGUCACGGGGGUAAUUACCCCACCCUGGGCACACCACGUCUUGAGAAGAGCGCCACCGUCGACCCUGAUGACGAAGCCCAGCACAGCCACUGGAGCCAACAACAAACAUCCGCCUUCCUUCGCAUUUUCACUGAGUCCCUCCAGAGCUAUCUGCUCACCGGGAACCAACAGCCCCACCCGGGCCCGGCCCUCGAGGGAGAGCGAUGCCCACCAGCUGAGCCCGAGUCUAGGGGGUCGCCGGGCCACAACCUUGGGGGCUGGAACUCCCCGGCCCCCUCAGAUUCGUAUGGCCACCCCUCGUCCACCCUGCCGGAGGAGGAAGAGGAGGAGGAGGAGAGCUGCUGCCCUCGCUGUGUGGAGCUGGAGCAGGAGGUGCUGUGUCUGCAGCAGGAGAACGAAGAGCUGCGCAACAAGAUGGACAACAUACCAGCUCCCUGCCAGAAUGUGCUGGACUUCUUCAAGACUGUUCUCCAGCACCAUGACCAGUUUAUACAGCCCAUGGCAGAGGAACAACUAACAGAGGGCAGUAAACAGCUCCUGGGGAACUACCCCCUCUUCAUCACCAACAAGCAGUGGGACGAGGCAGUCAACUCCUCCAAGAAAGAUGGCCGGCGGCUGCUGCGCUACCUGAUCCGCUUCGUCUUCACUACGGACGAGCUCAAGUACUCGUGCGGCCUGGGCAAGAGGAAACGCUCAGUUCACUCAGGAGAGCCUGGGCCGGAGAGACGGCCCCUCAACCCCGUCAAAGUCACCUGCCUCAGAGAGUUUAUCCGAAUGCACUGUGCCUCUAACCCGGACUGGUGGAUGCCUUCUGAGGAGCAGAUCAACAAGGUGUUCAGCGACGCGGUGGGCCAUGCGCGCCAGGGUCGGGCCGUGGGCACCUUCCUGGGCAGCAGUGGCAGUAGCACUAGCAGUCUUUACAUGGAGGCUUACGACGGGCCCCUGUCACAGGAUGAAGUGUACCUGAAGGGCUCUCACAAUGGCCUGGGGGAUUGAAAGGAGAAGGAAUGAAGCCUUGGUCAGGAUUCAAUCGAAGGUGCGUUACGACAGUGCGCCUUUUUAAAGGCAAUUUCACAGAGAUCGCAUUCAUGGUGAACGCUGCAAAUGUUGUCUCAAGCGUAAAUUACCUUUAAAGGGCACAUUGUUGGCUGUUUAGGGCGUUGCUCUACAACGCGACUUGGAUUUAAUCCUGACCACUGUCUUCUAACAUGUGGCGUCACUCCUACGCGAUGUUAGUCCCUCAACCGAGGUGGUGAUGCUGCUGAUUUGUCACCACAGAUGGUUUGUUUACAUAGCAGGUUAGGAUAAUUAGUGUGGCAGGUUAGGAAAAGGGUUAGAGUUAGUCUUAGCUACAAUGCUAGUUGUAAACAACUGUUGUCCACGACACGCCCAAUAGAUGGUGAUGUAGGCCUACUCCAUCAAGCCACAACAGUAGAAUCCUAAACAGACCAUCUGUGGUGACAAGUCAUCAGUAUCAUAACACUGGUUCAGACGAAACUAACGCUAUCUGACGUAAGACAAUGGAGGAUGAGAAUGUUAGAACUGUAGGCCGAACCAACUGGUACAAACCUGCUCUUCUUCCGUAAUGCUACAGAGCAGGGCAGGAAAAUAACAUUCAAACAACAUUCAAGAGGAAAUAGUCUCCCCAUUGAACAUUCUAAAACAGCUGUUUUGGGGGCUUAUUUUCUGGGGGGGGGGGUUCUGCUCAAAUGUUCCAAUGUUGUAAUAUGCAUUUAUUAAGUUACAUGAAAGCAUUCAACUGUUUGUAAAACUACAACGCUAGUUUUCCCCCAGUCUUCCUUGUGCCAUUGCUUUGUGGAACAUUUUAGAAAAGGGUUACAUACAGUAAUACAGAAUUUCUCAAACUAAGGGAGCUACAGCAAUCAGUAGGUCUGACUGUAGCUGGGUCAUUUCCAAAUGACAAUUAAGACAAAUCUAGUGUGUAGUUUUUCAAUGAGGAUUAUAACAGUUUCCUUUUGCUAUAGAACAUUGCCAAGAAUAUACUGGAAUGUACUGUACUAUGAUGUACUGAUUGAGAUGGUCGUUAUGAUAUCUGUAAUGAGAAGAGAAAAUGAGACAUUAUCCUUCCUUGUACAGAUAAAUUAUGUUGGCUACUUUAGACAAAACUCCCUCUUGUAAUUAUGUUCUGGCUGACGCCCAAACCCACGUGGUACACGACACACUGCGCCCCACUGGUCUAAGGACAGUCUUCAGAAAGUCAUAUUCCGGUUGUCUCAGAGAGCAGCUACAUUGGUUGGUUCUCUGAAACUUUUUCCUGGGGGUUUGAAAAGCCAUCAAUUGUAUUGGAAGGGGGCGGCGCCCGGCAGAUGUGUGUGGCUGUGCCUGUGGGUGUUUGGGUACGAAAGACAGAUGAGAACCAACCAGAAAAAGCACAGCCCAUUUCAUUAUUGACACAUCGUGCUGACAACAUCAAACAGCCUCCCUACCCAGACUCAGAGGCCUGGAUCUUUGGUAUCAGCCAGGCAACUUAUGCUAACCAAAGAUAAUUAAAGUAGACAUGCAGGAUUUGUGCAACUGUACGAUGACUAUUGAUUGAUGGAUUGCCAUUGAUUGUAUUUAAUCGUGAUACAUUUCAAUUCAUUGAUGGUAAAUAUUCAAGAGAUUGGUGGUAGAGAAAACCACAAAAGCCCAGACUAGUUUGAAACUUUGGAAUGAUACCCCCACAUACACACACACACACACACACACAGCAAGAAACACUAUAUUUGAAAUGCCUUAAAGGUCCAGUGCAGUCAAAACUAGAUGUCCUGUGUCUGAUAUAUAUUUCCGCACUAGGAGGUUGGAAUAAUACUGUGAAAAUCCUAAUAAUGCCCUUAUUGUGUAAGAGCUGUUUGAAACGACUGCCAGAAAUGUCAGCCUGUUUUGGUGGGAUGGAGUUUUGGCCUGCCUGUUGACAUCACCAGGUGGUAAAUUAGUUAGACCAAUAAGAAAGAGAGUUCCAAAUCUCUCUGCCAAUAACAGAUCGUUUUCUGUUUUCCCCUCCCCACUCAGACCACUCACAGACAGUCUCUUUGUUAAGAAGCUAUUUCUGUUUCCUUUUUACCAUUUUAAUUGAAAACAAUCACAGUAAGAUACUUAACUGUUACCCUGAAAUGAUUUGAUGUUGAGAUAAAAAUGGCUGCAUUGGACCUUUAAGAUAAACUUUAACACCCAUGUGUAUAUCUAUAGUUCUGAUUACUUAGUUGUUCAGAACAUGGUGCUUGCAUCACUGAGUUAUGGGUUUGCCACAUAAUACUGAAUAGUGUACUGUAUGUGUGUUAACUGGGUUUGCUAAAUGACUAUAAUAUUAUAAUUAUACUCCAAGAACUACAGUACCCAUAAUGCUAGCUAGUGUCAGACUGCUUCUAGACUACUAAAAUCAUAAGAUAAGGGCGACAGGUAGUCUAUCGGUUAGAGCGUUUGGGCAGUAACCGAAAGGUUACUAGUUCGAAUCCUCAAGGUGAGAAAUCUGUUGAUGUGCCCUUGAGUAAGGCACUUACCCCAAAUUGCUCCAUGGUCACCGUUGAUAAUGGCAGACCCUGACCCGUGACUCCACUCUCCACAGGUGUCUCAGGGAGAGUGGGAUAUGCAAAAAACACAUUCCCAAUUAAUACACACUUGUGUGAAAUAGGACAAAUGUAAGCACCCACCAAGUUUAUUAUUUGUAUUAUUAUUAUAUACCAUAGAUGUGUAGUAGAGAGCUCCUCUCGAUGGCCACUUCUGUGACAGCAUGGGCAGCUCCUCAUAGGGCUUUCCCCAUUUUGGUGUCAUCAACUGGGUAGGACUUGCUAUGAGUUAAGGAAGGAUCAUAGAAUUCCAUCCAGGACAGCAGGGGCAGUCAACCAAUUAAUUAUACUCCAGAGCAAACAUUCCGUAACUGCAGGUGGCAGUAAAUCACCAACCUUGACUUUAUACCUGUUCUUUACACACUUCAGCAUAGUAGCUGUUGGUAUGCACCUUUUCAGUUUAUUUUCAAACUACCUACACUCAAACUUGAAGUACAAGAAGAAGAAAUUGUCUAUUUAAAAAUGUCGAUAUCCCUCAAUGCGCUGCCCAAACUGUCACAGAAGCGACCAUUGAGAAGAGCUCUCUAGUACACAUCUAAUGAAGAGAUUUGAGCCUUUCACCUUCCGAAACACCUGCCAUUAUACUAACUGUUGCAGAAUUCAUCAUUAUGUUACUUCCUGGUCUUUCAGUCAUUUCUGGAGUUGAUUAUAAUAGAGAAUGUCAAUAAGUGAAGAAGAUGUUCAUCAAUACCAAACAUUUUCUCUCACAGUCCUUAACUAUACUAAAUAUCUAUCAAUGUGGCUUCAACCAAAGCAGUGAUUCAUUGUGAAUCAUUGUACCAAUAGGGAGAGAGAAGUCUGCUGUGUUUUUCAUUAUACUUAUUUAAUUUGGGACAUUCAUGUCCUUCGAUAGUGUACUGCACUCGUUUUAUAAAUUUGAAUGUAUAACAUUUUACUGUUGACUACAACUUGGUAAAGUUACAUUGAAAAACAAAGACAUGCAGUGUGUGUGUGGUGAAUAACUAUAAUAAUAACAUAAUUGUUAAUAACAAUAGCCCUUUUGAAAAGUGUGUAAAGGUAGUCUUUAAAUAUGUAUUCUCUCUUAAAUGCCUCAGCAAAGUAGAAAAGUGCCACAGAGACCUUGUUAGUGAGGUUCUGUUGUCGUGACGCGUACUGUUUUGAAUGUAAAUAUUUCCCUGUGAUUACUGCACAUUCUGACAAAUAAUCCUUUAUUCUCCAAGUGACUGUGUCAACACUGUGAAACUCCCAAGUAGAUUUUUACAACAAUAUGAUGCUUGUGUUUUUAUUUAUGAUGAAAUAAACAUUCCAUCCUAUUUGA